UUUGUUAAUCUCUUUGUCUAACCACAGUGUAAUCCGCUUUAGUUAUCGCUUUACUGUUAUACCCCAAGAAUGUCAUUUUGGUUUGCUACAUAGAUCCGCUAAAGAUAUGCCUUGUUAAUUAUGCAUAUAAAUAUGAUUGACCAAGAGAAAUAAAAUCAGUGUUGUUACUUCUACUUGAGUGAUACGUUAUCUUGUGUGAAUACUAUGGCGGCAUCGCUCAGCCUAACAGGUUAUGGGCCCAGGAGAGCACUCAUGUUUGACGGAGAUGAAAACAAGUUCGAACUCUGGGAGGUGAAGUUCUUGGGCUACAUGCGCCUCCAGAAGUUGCAUGAAGUAGUAGUGCCAGCAGAGGGCGAGACAGAUGCCCCCGAUGCGGGAAAGAACGCGAAUGCCUUUGCCGAGCUUGUCCAAUGUUUGGACGAUAGAAGUUUGGCCCUCGUGAUCAGAGAGGCAAAAGAUGAUGGAAGAAAAGCCCUACAAGUCUUGCGAGAGCAUUACCAAGGAAAGGGCAAGCCGCGCAUCAUUGCGCUUUACACUGAACUCACCUCACUAGAGAUGAAAGAAGGAGAGUCUACGACAGACUACCUCCUGCGAGCAGAAAAAGCUGCAACGGCACUGAAAGCAGGAGAUGAAGUGAUCAGCGAUGGGUUGCUCGUAGCCAUGGCCCUAAAAGGACUAACUAGUGCCUACAAAACGUUUGCCACCGUGGUAACCCAGAGAGAAACACAAAUGACAUUCUGCGAAUUCAAGACAGCUCUCAGAAACCACUAGGAGACUGAGAAGAGCUGCAAUAGAACCCCAGACAACGGCGAGAGUGACAAUGUGAUGGCCACAAAGCAAGGAUUCCAGGGAAACUGCUUUAAGUGCGGCAAGAAAGGCCAUAAGAGCAAGGACUGCUACUCCAAAGAGUCAAAGUGGUGUCACAAAUGCAAAAACUCCACCCACAGCACAAGGGACUGUAGAAAACUGAAGCCUGCCAAAGACGCAGCAAAGAAGUCAGCAGAAAACGAGGAGAACAUUACUAGCUCACAUAGUUUUGCAUUUACUUUUAAUGAACAGGAAUUAAGUACUAGAGGUAAGAUAACUCCAAAUCUACUAUUAGAUACUGGGGCAACUAGCCACAUAAUUGUAGAUCGCGAGAAAUUCGUAGAUUUUGAUGGCAAAUUUAAUGCCAGUAGCCACUUUAUUGAAUUAGCUGAUGGGAGUAAGGCAAACGUGUGUAUGGGCAGGGGAAAUGCCAAAGUUAAGCUGUAUGACGUUAAUGGAAAAUUAAGGGAUGUGGUUCUUGACAACGCUUUGUACAUACCGUCGUACAAACAAAAUAUCUUUUCAGUUUCCGCUGCAAUUGCGAGAGGCGCAAGUGUUAGUCUUGAUAAAGAAGGGAACUAUUUUAAGGCACCCGACGGUUCAAUGUUUGGGAUAGAAC